UCAUUCCACUUCCGCCCGGGGAGCAGAGAGGAAAGAAGGAAGGCGGUGAGGGCUCGGGGAAAGGGCGGAGAAGGGAGCCGGCAGGAGCUGCAGGAGAGCGCCGCGCCCGCCAGCCAUGGCCAGCCAGUCGCAGGGCAUCCAGCAGCUGCUGCAGGCCGAGAAGAGAGCCGCCGAGAAGGUCGCCGAGGCCCGCAAGAGAAAGAACCGGCGGCUGAAGCAAGCGAAAGAAGAAGCCCAAGCUGAAAUCGAGCAGUAUCGCUUACAGAGGGAGAAGGAAUUCAAAGCAAAAGAGGAAGCAGCUCUGGGGUCCCAUGGCAGCUCCACCACCGAAGUGGAAAAAGAGACCCAGGAGAAGAUGGUUGUGCUCCAGAGCAACUUCCAGAAGAACCGAGAAGAAGUCCUCAACAGCCUGCUGAACCUCGUCUGCGAUAUCAAGCCGGAGAUCCAUUUGAACUACCGCAUCAAUGGAUAGAAGAGCGUCUCAGCCUUUAGGGAGCAUUAAGCAAUACCAACUCCAACUCUUCCCCUUCGAGCUUAACUUAUUUCCAAGAGUUGUAGAUAUUCUUAAUCUCCUCCCUAAGCAAAAAUGCUCCUUUUGUUUCUUUAGACCCUUUAUUUUGUCCCCAAAGUGCUUUAUAGUAGAAGAUUACGUUCGGGACGCUUUGCAAUAAGUAUUAAACCAACAUGCUGUCCUAAGUAUUUGAAUGAAGGAAGGAAAUGUGAAGGCAGGCCUUCUUCUGCGUACCUCUAUGAAUCGGGUCCAAAGAACACCUCCCUCUACCUCACUUUGUAGGAAAAGUGGUGGAGGUUGAAUUCAUUCGUUGUGGAUCUGGCUUGCGAAAGGAGUGGUUUUGAAAUAGCUUCUGUUGAAAAACAACCAGCCUCUUUGUAUACCUUUCCUGUUUAACUUGAACUAGAAACCUGCCCUUGAUGGUGCUUCUCGAAAAGUAAAAGAUCUGAUUUCACCCAC